AUGACCACUCUCAAGCCUGGCGACACAUUCCCCAGCGACGUUGUUUUCCAGUAUAUCCCCUGGUCGGAGGAUAGUGGGGAUAUUACGUCGUGCGGCAUCCCCAUCAACUACAAAGCCUCCGAGGAGUGGGCCAACAAGAAGGUUGUUCUCUUCUCGGUGCCAGGGGCCUUCACCCCCACAUGUUCGGUCAACCAUGUCCCCGGCUAUAUCAAGAACCUCCCUAAUCUGCGGGAGAAAGGAGUGGAUAUCGUGGCGGUGCUCGCCUUCAAUGAUCCCUUUGUGAUGAGCGCCUGGGGCAAGGCAAAUAAGGUGCAAGGAAACGACAUUUUGUUCCUGUCCGAUCCCGAUGCCAAAUUCUCCAAGGGCAUUGGCUGGGCCGACGAAGCCUCUGGACGCACCGGCCGGUAUGCUGUGAUCAUCGACCAUGGCAAGGUCAGCUAUGCCCAGAUUGAAACGGAGAAAGGUGCCGUGAAGAAAUCGAGUGCCGAUGCCGUCCUUGCGUCGUUGUGA